CAAGGCUCCGGGCUGAUAUUUUGCAUCUCAACUUACACUUUUUAAGCUAAAAGCAGUAGAGUACGGGCGUAGAGGAGCUUGCCGUACGCACAGGGUUUCACCAUUAGUUGCCACCAACUUUCCGUGGCGCCGAGAGAUCAGGAACCGGCUUGAGUAUCUUCUCUGGCUGCAUCCAUCUCGUCAAUCAACAGUAAAAUUAAAUCUGGAUUCUAUUUACUGGAACACAAGAGAAGCGACUUGGACAUAACCGCAGAAGCAGAUAAAGAAACAACAGCAGAAGUUGACCACCGUGAAUCGGAUGUUAAAUUGAUGCUUUAAUUUGAUAAAAGUUAAAAGGGUUAGACGCCCCUGGGCCUGAAAAGUUUCACUUUUUGACGCAGUUUUCUUGGAGUAAAAGUCUUCUUCAAUAUGAGCAAGCCUGCUGGUUCAACAAGUGGUUGUUUGGAUAUUUUAAAUGUCAAAUCCAGUCGGAUUUUGGACAUUCCGUGUAAAGUGUGUGGAGACCGGAGCUCUGGAAAGCACUACGGCGUUUACGCGUGCGAUGGCUGCUCGGGAUUUUUCAAGAGGAGCAUAAGAAGAAACAGAACGUAUGUCUGCAAAUCUGGCACACAGGGCGGCUGUCCAGUAGACAAAACACACAGAAAUCAGUGUCGCGCCUGUCGCUUAAAAAAGUGUUUAGACGUGAAUAUGAAUAAAGAUGCCGUGCAACACGAGAGAGGACCGAGGACGUCCACCAUUAGAAAGCAGGUGGCGCUGUAUUUCCGAGGGCAUAAGGAGAUGAACGGUUCGUCACCCCAUUUUCCAUCUACGUCUAUCCCGGGGCCGCCUUUUUUCACUACAGUUACCCAACUGGAGCCCCACAAUAUGGAGUUAAACACGGUCGCAAGUACACCGGAGCGGCAGACCAUUGUGGGACUCGCCCAGCCCACACCAAAGUAUCCCCAUGAAGUUAGUGGCACUCCUAUGUACCUGUAUGAAGUGGCGACUGAGUCUGUGUGCGAGUCAGCUGCGCGUCUACUUUUCAUGAGCAUUAAAUGGGCCAAAAGUGUUCCGGCUUUCUCCACUCUCCCUUUACCUGACCAGUUGAUCCUUUUAGAAGACGCCUGGAGGGAACUAUUCGUGUUGGGCAUUGCACAGUGGGCCAUUCCGGUGGACUCCAGCACUCUUCUAGCGGUUUCAGGAAUGAACACAGACAACACAGAUUCGCAGAGGCUAAACAAGAUCAUCUCAGAGAUCCAGGCCUUGCAGGAGGUAGUGACCCGUUUCAGACAGCUCAGACUAGACGCGACGGAGUUUGCGUGUCUUAAGUGCAUCGUCACCUUCAAAGCAGUACCAACACACAGUGGAUCGGAAAUAAGAAGCUUUCGCAACGUCAGUGCCAUUGCAGCACUUCAGGACGAGGCCCAGCUCACUCUGAACAGCUACAUCCACACCAGGUACCCGACCCAGCCGUGUCGAUUUGGGAAAUUGCUGUUGCUAUUGCCCGCUCUCCGUUCAGUCAGUCCGUCCACCAUCGAGGAAGUGUUCUUCAAAAAAACGAUCGGAAACGUGCCCAUCACACGACUACUCUCCGACAUGUACAAAUCAAGUGAUAUAUGAGCUAUCGACCACAAAAGACUGAAAUACAAAAAUACAACGUUUGUAUGUUUGACCUCGACAUUCGCACGGACGCUGGGACGCUGUGGAUGGUCGCUGACGUCAUAAUGUGAUACUUCACGCACUUGUUUGGAGAACAAAGCUCUACCAAUGUCAAGAUGUUAUUACGCAGGGAAAAUAAAAAGACUGAAUUGAAUUCACUGCUUAGAAAACAGGAACGUUUAACAGAAUUCUAAACAGUAAUUUUUCUAAUUGACUGACUUUUAAUCUAUUUAAGCUCGUUUACGGAAGUAAUUUAACAAACGUAAUCUGUUUUUGUCCUAUGAAGAUUAAAUACAAAGGUUUAGUUUUUGUAGUCACAUAUUUUGAAUGGAGUGUCUGUGAGGUUAUGUACAAUCAGUCGUUACGAUGGAACGUUUCAUUGUUCAACGCUUCAUAAUGUUUUGUUCAUACAAAAACUUUAAAGGAAACCAAAAAGAAACCAGUUUGCGUUGCAGAGAAGUCGCUGUCCCUUUGAAUAGUGCUGAAAACCAAAAGCCUACAAAGUCAAAACUGUUAUAAGAACAUUUUAAGCUUAUGCUUAAGAUUCACUUUCGAGAAGAAGGUAUAACUCUGAUAUAAAAAUAAAACACAUACGAACCCAUUAAAUCGAAAUCUUUGGGUUUACCUGAAAUGUAGACAUAUAGGUGUGUUAAAGUGGAAGGCUGGAACUGGCAUGUAAUUGCCUAUAGCCUACAGGUGACUGAGAGGUCACAGUCAGGUCACAGACAGGUCACAGACAGGGCAAUAAAAAACUGGAAUACUUCGUUUGUUUGGCAUUGUGAUUUUUCUGUGCCCACUCUGCAAAUGUAAUUUGAUCGAUGUUUAAAUGUAUCAGAGGCAAACAUUAUAAACUUUUUUUAGUAGUUAAUAACCUUGGA